UUUGACAAUGUAUCACAAUUGACAUUCAGUGGCAAAAGCAAAAAAGAUUAGAGUGGCAAUUGUGAUACAUUGUGAAAAGCUAACAGUGACAAAAGUAAAAAUUAAUAUUUUUUGCUCGCUCCCUCGUUCCCUCCACUACCCCCCGCACGCGCCGCCACACGCCACGCACCACCACCAACCCAAGAAGCUCCCUCUCCUGUCUCCUCUUCCUUCUUCCUUCUCUCUCACAGGCACAAGAGUAGGUGCCGCCGGCCGGCAUCGAGAUUCGAGACCGACCAUGUCGGCGUCGCCCGAGUUCUACAAGCCGGCGCCGGCCUUCUCCCCAUGCCGCUCGCCGCUUGCCCCGCGCGGAGAUGUCACCGCAGGAGCGGCCGGCGGAGCAGGAGUAGCAGGAGGAGUGGAUCAGCAGGCAGGCGCGUGGGAGGAGCAGUGCUGCCGGACGCCGACGGGCAAGGGGAGCGAGCUGAAGCAGGCGGCCGUGACGUGCCCGCCGGCGCCGAGGAAGCCGCGGGCGCCGGCCGCGCCGUGCCGGAAGCGGCUGUUCGAGGUGGAGGUGUUCAGCCUGCGGCUGGAGGAGCUGGAGCGCCUCUUCUGGCGCCCGCACGCGCCGCCUCCGCCGCCCGAGAAGAAGGUCAAGCUCAAGCGCCGCAGGGUCGCGCCGCCGAGCGCCUCGCCGUCGCCGGGGCCCAGCAAGAGCUAGCUCGCUAGCAGGACGUGCGUCUGCCGGCCGGCCAAGCCGUUUUGGCCUGCCGGUGCUGGUCGCGGUAGGCAGCUAGUGUAAGAUUUGGUACCGCGUUUUUACUGCUGUACUCGUGCUCUAUGCUACUACUACUCGAUUAGGUCAGUUCGUGGUACCCGUAGCUAGGUAGCAGUAGUAGCAGGAGCAGUUCUUUCUUUUUACUGUAUGUGAUACCCCGUAGCACCAUUGGCGUACCCAGCGUGUGUGCAAGGUGUGCCGUGGCACACCCAAAAAAAUUCGAUUUUUUUAUUACCAUAUGAUAUUUAGGCCCAAAUCAACCCAAGCCCAGCGUGGCAGCGCCCCAGCCCAUCUACUCCCGAGCGAGAGAGGCAGCGAGCCAUCGAUACAGUCCGUCGGCCAGGCAAAGCGCAGCCGCUGAAAGACCUAAUCCAGCGCCCCCCUGCCCCCCAUCCCCGUCCGGCCAUCCCCAUCCCCAUCCGGCCAUCCCGCCGGGGUCGUCCGCCGGACCGCCGUUCCUUGCCUCCUUCCACCGAGAAGGCGAGAAGAGUCGCCGCUCUGCUCCCCUUCGAGCGCUCCUUGCCUGGCUGGUGGAUCUGCAGCCACCACGAGCCGCCGCCCGCCGGUCGCCGGACGUCCGAACUCCGUAGCCCGGCAGAGAUGAGGAGCUGCUGCCCAAGCUUCUGAAUGGCUUAAUCCCUGCUGAAUUCCUAGUUCGUGACGCCCUUUGGUUUUUGGAACCAAAGAUGAAGAGGAAUGGUGACAUUCAGUCCUUUUUUCGGAAUUAUGAGGCUGCUAAAAGAAAGAAGGUUGCAGCCGAAGAGCAACCUGAAGAUAUAGUGUCAAAUAUUGAAGAUGAAGCAGUCCAUAAUCCACCUCCAGUCCAUUCUGCAGAGAUUGAAUUUGAUAUUGAAGAUGAAGCAGUCCAUUCCGAUGUAGAGAUUGAAAGUGAUUGUGAAGAUGAAGCAGUCCAUUCUCCGUGUGCAAGGCCAUAUAAUAUUCAAAGGCUUCCUCCUGAUCCAGGGGAGAGGAUUCCUAUUUCAGAGUAUGAUGUCGAUGAUCAAGAUGAAGUUCGGAGACGAUACAUUGCAAAGCAAGCAGUCCAACCAUAUGCACACAACUUUCAAGUCAGAAAAAUCUAUGGUAAAAAUCGACACUUCAACUUUGUUUGGUUUGAGACCUAUAAAUGGUUAGAAUAUAGUGUCAAAUAUGAGGCAGCAUUUUGCUUUGUUGUUAUUUGUUCAAAGGAAAAUCGAAUGGGGGGCCUAGGGGUGAUGCCUUUGUUAAUGGUGGUUGGAAAAAUUGGUAUAAGCCCGAUGCAUUGGUCAAACAUGUUUUCAAUCUUCACUUGAUGCUUGUUAUUCUUGGCUAUACAAAUGAGUUGUCCAAAUCUGUGCAAAAGAGAGAUCAAGAUAUUGUCAAUGCAAUGACACUUGUUAGUUUGGCGAAGAGUAGAAUGCAACACAUGAGGUCUCAUGGUUGGGAAGAAUUUCUUGCAAAGCUAACCUUAUUUUGCAACAAACAUGACAUUCAAGUUCCUUUGUGGGAGGAUAUUUAUAAGCCUAAUCGAAGAUCACGUCGGUAUUAUGAAGUACAAACAAAUGAUGAUCGUUAUAGAAGAGAAGUAUAUCUUGGUGUCAUUGAUCAAACCAUUCAAGAGCUUGACAAUCGGUUUGAUGAGGUUAAUACGGAGUUGCUUAUUUGCAUGUCGGCUUUGAAUCCCCUCAAUUCAUUUGCUUCUUAUGAUGCACUCAAGGUAAUGAGACUUGCUGAAUUCUAUCCCAUGGACAUUUCAAGCACAGAUUUGAUAAGGCUAGAAUUUCAACUUACUAAUUUUAUUGAUGAUAUGAGACAAGAUGAUAGGUUUAGAAAUGCAAGUAAUAUUGGUGAGCUCUCUAUUAUGCUUGUUGCAACAAAGAAGCAUGUUCUUUAUGACUUGGUCUACUUACUCAUCAAAUUGAUAUUGAUUUUACCGGUGGCGACGGCAAGUGUUGAAAGAGUAUUUUCAGCAAUGAAUCUAGUGAAAAAUAAGUUGAGGACUACUAUGGGUGAUGAUCGCUUGAAUGAUUGCUUGGUGACAUUUGUUGAACGGGAUGUGUUCAUGGAAGUAAGCAAAGAUGACAUAGUUAAUGCUUUCAUGGCAAUGCAAAAACGUAGAGUUACCUAGUGAUGUAAGUUUCUACUUAUGCUUCUUUCAUGUAAGACUAUUCCUAUUGUAAUUGAGCACAUUUGAGAUAUAUUUUGUGAACUAAA